AUGUUGCGUUCCUUUAACUCAAACGGAUACAAGGUAUAUGCCUUGUCAGCUGGAAAGCCGACACCGCAGUUCCAUGUUAGUAAAAAAAAUAAAAAGAAAUCCAAGGGUGAUGCGGAAUAUGAAAAUAGAAUUGACCUUAUACACGACCUGGAGUUCCCCCAAGCAUGUAACACGGUGGAUAUCUCGCCAGACUUACAAUAUAUCGUAGCAACAGGGGUAUACCCACCACAGAUCGGAAUAUACGAUACAUCAGAACUCUCCUUGAAACAUAGAAGAGGUAUCGAUAGUGAGGUGCUGAAAACAUGCUUUCUUGAAAGUGACUAUACGAAACUUGCGUUUCUAUGCGAAGGAAGGGUCAUAGAAUUUCAUGAUAGGGGUGGAAGAUAUCAUUCUAUACGCAUACCCAAAGAGGGGCGUGAUAUGAAAUAUCUAUCUGAUAACGCAUCCAUUUUCACCGUCGCAUCAUGCAAUGAGGUAUACAGAUUGAACCUAGAACAAGGGGUAUUUGAAACACCUCUCAAAUCAGUAUGUUCAUAUUUGAACUGCAUUGCAGAAAAUCCAGUACUACCUGUAGUCUCAGCUGGAGGUGAGGGCGGUAUUUUGGAGAGCUGGGACCUGCGUUGCGAAAAGUCGUUAGCACAACUACAGUGCACCAAAGAUGAUUCUGAAGUUAGUGUGACUUUCUGUGCCUAUACUGCAAAUGGAAUGAAAGUAGCCGUUGGCACUGAGUCGGGAUGCCUACAAUUAUAUGAUGUAAGGAACACUAAACCGCUAUGGGAAAAGAGACAUGUUAACGAGGCACCAGUCAAAAAUAUAGAAUGGGUUAGCUCGUUAAACCACGCAUCAACAGGGGUGGGACAAGACGCAUUGAUCGCAUGGUCAGAUCACAAAAGCGUUAGAGUUCAAAACGCACAUGAUGGAGAGUUUGUUGCUUCAAUAGAGGGGCUCGUAGUAGAUAAAGCUAAUAAUGUUGGGAAAAUCAACUCGUUCCGAUUCUACCCAGAUACAGGAAUAUGUUUCGUAGUUGGUGACCAUACACGUAUUGGUACAUACUUUAUUCCUACAGUUGGAGCUGCACCAAAGUGGUGCUCGUUCCUAGAAAAUAUAACUGAAGAAAUGGAAAUGCCAUCUGGAUCCAGCGUUGGAGCGGAUGGCACGAAACAGGCAUAUGACGAUUUCGUAUUCGUUACUCGUCAACAGCUUGAAGAGCUCAAUGCAGCUGAUCUUAUUGGCACCAAUAUGGUGAAGGAUUAUAUGCAUGGUUAUUUCAUCGAUAGUGACGUGCACCGGGAAUUGAAGAACGCUGCGUCGAACUUCGAUUACGAAGCAUACAGAAAACAAAAGAUACAAGAAAAGAUAGAUGCUAAACGGCAAAUGAGAUUGCCGUUACGUAAAAAGAAGACUACAGCGGUUAACGAGGAGCUGGCGGAACAACUUCGUACUAAAGCUUCUGCCGCAGGCAAAAAGGCUCUUACCAAGAAACAACGCGAACAAGCUCUACAUGCAAAGGCCGUGUUACAGGAUGAUAGGUUUGCUCGUAUAUUUACUGACGAAAACUUCGCCAUCGACCGUGUUGAUGCCACUGAAAUAUCGAAAAAGAGAAAGUAUCUCGAUACUUAA